AUGUCGCCCCUGCAGCCUGCUGCGACGGCAACGGCAGCUCCUGCAGCAAACGGUGCUGCCACUACACGGGCCUUCUUCGUAGACGGUAAUAACUUGUCGGAGACACUUGCUCUCCUUCAAAGCAUGAACCCACAGGCUACUGUUACUCAACAACAGUUCCUACUGAUUCCCAGUUCCGACAGGUCUUUCAUGUACCUCUGGCGCACUCCUGUCUCUGGCAGCCUUAAAUCUCUCCAACAACCCGUACAGCAACAGCAGCUACAUCAACAGGUGCAACAAACCCAAAUGAAAGUGGAGUCCAUUGAGCUGCCCUCGAGCGCUGCCUCGCACGGUGUCGUCAGCACAUCGACCAGUGUCGUACCUGAGGUGGCGCCUGCCAAAGUCGACUCUUCUGGCAGGCCAACAGUCGUCAGCUACCCUUCGCUCAUGCAAACCAAGCACCAACAGCCGCCUGUGGACAUGGUGGAUGGGCGACGCUCUUCCCUCACACUGCCUCUAAUCUUACCUGCAACCCAACCGCCGACACCCCUCUCUUCCUCAUCUCGUGGUCUUGUUUCUGACCUUCCAAUUUCGUCACAACCACAACUGAAACCUUCGGUUACUACUGCUGCUGCUUCUAUUGUCUCCCACGCUCCACUGGAACCGUCAUCUGGAUACCGAGAAAUCUUACCUUCCCCAGUUGAGGGAAAGACUCUCAUUGCAAACGCACGACCGCCUCCUGGCGCCGCUUCUUCCUCAACAGGACUGGUCAUGCAGUCCUCAGCCUCCCGACUUCCUCAACUUGCACCAAAUGAUCAACGUCGGAUCAGCGUCUUCUACCAACAACAACAACAACAACAACAGCAGCAACAGCACCAUGUCGAUGUCAUUCCUAGUCCGCAGUCGAGGCAACCACCACAGCCUCAACAGCAUCCUUCGACGCCUGCUGUUGGUACCACGACUGCCACCUUCAUUCUGAACACUUCAGGCGGUACGCCCGUCUCUCUUGUGGAACGAAACAUUGUCAUCUCAUCAAACCAUCUACGCAGUCUGCCGGCUGGUGUAACGGCCUUUCCUGUUAGCUUCCAGCCCGCUGUUUCAGUACCUCCACCACCACCACCGCCGCCGCCACAACCACAUGAACAACAGCCGACCGCGAUCACCUCCCCAACUCGUCUUGUUGCGCAACCACUGCAGCCGAAAGAGAAUCUGCAUUGA